CAAUAAUGGAGAUCUAUCCACACGUUUCGACUCACAAAUAGGACAUGAAUGCGAUUAGAGCAUAUUACAGGUUCUAGAAUUCCACGUUCUCAGGCAUUUUCUAUAAAUCCUCGGUUUAUUUGCAGCUCCAUCUCUAUAAUUUGCAGUUCCACCAUACUCCAGUUCACAACCUUGUGCCUGCCUGCCUCGCGGCUAGAUGAUCUCAGAAUUUGGCGCUGCUUUUUAUUUUGGCAGCUUUUUAGAGUCAAAUUCUAGAUCUUCUGAUACACUCUAUAAGAAAUCAGAAAAGAAAAUAUAGCCUUUUGAUCACGAUGUGUCCCUCGGUCAUCCGUCACACUCCCUUGGAGGAUGACCUAUUUUUGAUUACUCCCCAGAACAUGCCACGAUUUCUGACGGAUGUGCACAACGUCAUCUCCCUUGAUCGCCCAUGUCUAUCAAUGAGCAUGCGCAGAAAAACCGUUCAAAAAACUCCACGAGAAGUCGAGGAGGUCGUGACGGGUCUGGGUCUGCAAAACAGAGAACGGGUGAGUUGUCCCGUAGCGUCGUUUCUGUCUACUCAAAUGAGGAAGCGUUCUUCCUCGUGUCUUCCAAACAGCUCUGAGCCGAUGGCCCAGGUAACCCAUGUGCUCACUGUGCUCGUCGUGGAUCACGAGAACGUUGGGUUCUGUCCUGUCCUCUGUUCUCGGCUUCCUGCAAAUGCAGACCCUUGGAUUGGCCAUUUUGAGGCCAAGACAUUGUUCACGACGUCUUCGCCGGGCUUCGACAUGUGCGAUCUUCCGUUGUGUUGGCUCAGAGUCUUGGGCCGGUUCUUCGAUCAAUUCUCUAGUCAAAGCCCACCUGCUUCGGGUAAAAAUGUCUCAGAGGCCGACAUUGGCGAAGUCGGAGAAGGUGGCGGCGAAUCGGUGUUGCCCAAGGGGGAAGCAACCACGCUCCAACUCGAUCCCAUUUCGGUCACCAUCAGUUGGGGAGUCCUGAUCAAGUCAAUCUCGGGAAAACUCGUUACGCGACCUCGCCGUUUCUCCACAUUAGGGUCAUUGUAACUGUCCCCGAGCUUGGGAAUAGUUACAGACAAGGACGGGAACAGUCUCGAUGCAUUUCUGUCAGGUCCGGGAUGCGGAGCUCUAGGCCGCUGGCUAUAGAUUAUAGUAUCUCGAUUCAUCACUGCGGGCUGAGAGAGGUAACUCAGCUUGUCUGCGAAACGCGAAUAAGCAAGUUUGAACUAAUUAGAAAACACACACACCUUUUUACACUCGAGGAUAUCAACUGAAAGAGAGGUAGCGGCUAUCUCGCUUGGACGCCUUGGGUUCGUAGCGAUCGAGAAUAUUUUUCAACGUGUACAUACAUCGGUCACAAUGAACGGCCGCCAAAUUGAGAUCGGAGAUCUUCCCCGCCUAUGAUCAUGCGACCAACUGGCAGUAGCCGAUCGAAAUCCUCAGCUGUGGAUGACUGACCGUAGAUCUCCGUAGAUCCAUAUCGCAGGUAGCUGUCCUUAGCUGUCUGUGUGUAUGCAGCGGACCGAAAUAUCCGGGUGCCCCUGGCGCAUGGCAGGCUUGCGGAGAGGAUAGGUCGCCUCUAUGUAUAUGCACGGGACGGGAGAACACGGGCGCACGCUGGAGAAAAUAUCGUCGAGUGAUAAGACUCGGGUUCUUUCGGCCUCUGUUGCGUCGUCUGAGUGGUGCUAAUUUGCCUUGAUGGAAGCUGUAAGUUCAGGUGCAGAUAAAUCACCAUGGUGUUAUGUGAUAUCAGGACUAGAGCUCUCUAGAUUGUCCACAGAGGAACAGGCUCCCAAAUUUUGUGCAGUAUCUCUAUCACAUAUUUGAGCCGUACGCCAACUAAAUCCAUUAAGCGGUCAGUGUCAAACGGAUAUUUCGAAUAAAUUUAAUUUUACGGCAUUUUUUGCUCCUCCGUGUGAAGAGCUGUACUAUGUGUUGGGGAAAAUGGGUCGAGGGGUUGAUUAGAUAAUUGUAGUGUAGGUUUGCAAUAGCAAUGAGGAAUAAACUUGGAUUGCUUUAGGGCAAACUGAUGC